AUGCCCUUCCGCGCGACCCGCGCCCUCCUCCGGGCCACCAUCACCACUGGGAGCCUCUCACAUUUUCCUCCGCAAAAGCGGACAGCAACAACAACAACAAAACCAACAAACAAACCCACGAUCCUCGAAGUCGAACGCAAAUUCCGUCGCCUCACCGUCCCCACUUCCACCAACAUUCACCACCACACCAUCAUCAACAACAAAACCAGCACCACGACCCGGCAAGGAAUUCUCAACUACAAGCACAGCCCCAACUUCACCUCGGUGACAGCUUUGCCCACUUGCACGAUACACGACAUAUACUACGACACGCCCGACCGCGCGCUGUGCUCGCGGGGGGCAUGGAUCCGUCAGCGCAACGGCGAGUGGGAGGCGAAAGUCAAGCGGGCGUGGUGGAAGGGCGAUUUCGUGAACAGGCGGUUCGAGGAGCUGCAUGGGGAGAAGUGUGCCGGGGGCAUGAGGGCCGAGGAGGAGGACUACUCUGGGCGGCUGGGCAAGCUGGCCGAGUUUGUCACGACGCGCGAGGCGUGGCUGGUUCAUGGGGAGUUCAAGGUUGUCGAGUUGCAGGUCGAAGUUCAUGAUGGUGGUGGGGACGGUAAGACGGGGCAGGAGGAGAAGGCGGCACUUAUGGACGAGAUGGACCGGAAGAUUGAGGCGUUCAUGAAGAGGUAUGCGUGGGCUUGGGAGGAAGGCGAGGCGGUGGAUUUGUCGGAAUGAGUCUAUCAACCUAUCGACAAAUCUCGUCUAUUUCAUGGAGAGUCAGUUUCAUUUGGAGAGUGAGGCGAAUUUCUCAGCUCCGGCCAUUCAUCCCUCAACCGGAGCGCGCACUGGAGCUUUAUAUAUGAGACCGCUGUCUUCCCGCUGGUGUUGACCUGCUCAGGGUUAGAACAUGUCAAACGAUUUGAACGCGCUUCGAGUCAGGAUAUCGGCGGCACCCACCUCAACCAACUUGUUCUUGCC